CAUGGAGGCACGACCAGGAGUUUUCCUUUUGUUGCUUGUGACAGUCCUUCAGGCAGUUGCGAGCAAAAAAGAGGUAAUUUGCGAAAAUUCCAAAACUACAUUGUCAUGUCCACCAAACCAAAUAAUCAGGAUACAGCAGGCAACGUAUGGUAGAUCUAAUAAAAGAACAUGCAAACAUCCAAAGAUAAAAACAACUCGUUGUUCUACGAAAAAACCUCUGGGCAUCACAAGGAAGAAUUGUAAUGGGCGAAAAUCAUGCGCUGUUGCUGCAAAUAACGGGCUGUAUGGUGAUCCUUGUCCCGGGACAUACAAAUACGUCACUGUUUCCUAUUCCUGCCAAGGCACUACACGAAAGUGCAGGAAAAAAUGUCAUAAAAAAGCCAAGUGUAUAAAUGGAAAAUGCGUCUGUAAAGCCAAAUACCAAGGCGACGGAGUUAGAUCUUGUAAAAACAAGAAAGACAAGACACCCAAGUGCAUGAGAAAAUGUCACAGACAAGCCAAUUGUAUAAGAGGAAAAUGCGUCUGUAAAUCAGGAUACAAAGGCGAUGGAAUUAGAUCUUGUACAAACAUCAAAGUAAAGACACCCAAAUGCUUGAGAAGAUGUCAUAGAAAAGCCAAGUGUAUAAGAGGAAAAUGCGUCUGUAAAUCAGGUUACAAAGGCGAUGGAAUUAGAUCUUGUUCAAACAUCAAAGCCCAGACCCCCAAGUGCAUGAAAAAAUGUCAUAAGAAAGCCAAGUGUAUAAAUCGGAAAUGCGUCUGUAAAGCCAAAUACCACGGCGACGGAGUUAGAUCUUGUACAAAAGACAAAGGCAAGAAACCCAAAUGCUUGAGAAAAUGUCAUAAAUAUGCCAAGUGUAAAAAGGGAAAAUGCAUCUGUAAAUCAGGAUACCGAGGCGAUGGAAUUAGAUCUUGUACAAACAACAAAGUAAAGACACCCAAAUGCUUGAGAAGAUGUCAUAGAAAAGCCAAGUGUAUAAGAGGAAAAUGCGUCUGUAAAUCAGGUUACAAAGGCGAUGGAAUUAGAUCUUGUUCAAACAUCAAAGUCAAGACCCCCAAGUGCAUGAAAAAAUGUCAUAAGAAAGCCAAGUGUAUAAAUCGGAAAUGCGUCUGUAAAGCCAAAUACCACGGCGACGGAGUUAGAUCUUGUACAAAAGACAAAGGCAAGACACCCAAAUGCUUGAGAAAAUGUCAUAAAUAUGCCAAGUGUAAAAAGGGAAAAUGCAUCUGUAAAUCAGGAUACCGAGGCGACGGAAUUAGAUCUUGUACGAACAACAAAGACAACACACCCAAGUGCAUGAUGAAAUGUCAUAAGAAAGCCAGAUGUAUAAAGGGAAAAUGUGUCUGUAAAGCAAAAUACCAAGGCGAUGGAGUACGAUCUUGUACAAAAAACAAAGACAAGACACCCAAGUGCACGAGAAAAUGUCAUAAGAAAGCCAGAUGUAUAAAGGGAAAAUGCGUUUGUAAAGCAAAAUACCAAGGCGACGGAGUUAGAUCUUGUACAAAAGGCAAAGAAUCAGCAUAUAUUGGUUGUUAUCAGGAUGACAGCACUAGAAUAUUACCCAAGGAAGUACUGAAAGACAAAGGUAUGACAGUUCAAAAAUGCCAACAGUUUUGUGGUCAAAAAGGAUUCAAGUUUGCAGGUGUUGAGUAUGGAUACGAAUGUUUUUGUGGGAAUGUUUUACGAAAAGACAGAAAAAGAAAGGAGCGUGACUGUAAAACCCCAUGCUCAGGGAAUAAACAACAGAUAUGUGGUGGUACAUGGAGGAUAUCUAUUUAUACAGCCAAGACAUCCAAGUGCAUGAACAAAUGUCAUAAGAAAGCGAAGUGUAUAAAAGGAAAAUGCGUCUGUAAAGCCAAAUACCAAGGCAACGGAGUUAAAUCUUGUAAAAAAGUCAAACGUUGUCGGUCGGCAAAGAAAAUCCAAACGCCAAAUGCGUAUAAAUACAAACUACUGUCAGAUUAUGGCAUCAGUGUAGAUAAUCAUGAAAGGUUUAGUAUCAAGUUCAAAGUGAUGGCUAAAAAUGAUGCACAUUUGGCUUUGAUGUCUUCCAAUAAUGAGAAGGAUCCUUUGUAUGAGUUAGUACUAGGUGGUUGGGGUAACUCAAAGUCAGUAGUCCGUGACAAGAAGCAAGGCAGAAGCUUGUCGGAACAUAAAGGAAAAAUGCUUCGUCCAAAUAAAUUAGAAUCAUUUAAGGUUAUAUGGAAUAAAGGGAAAAUCCGAGUAGAGGACGGACGUGGAAAGAAAAUCAUGGAAUGGACUGAUACGUCAAAUCCAUUAAAAAUAAGAGAUAUUGGAAUAUCUACAGGCUGGGGAGCAACUGGAACAUGGUCAUUUCCAUGUCAAGGCAAACCAAGUAAUUGUAAAGAGAAAUGUCACAAAAAUGGAAAAUGCAAAAAAGGAAGAUGUAGAUGCAAAAAAGGAUACACAGGCGAUGGCAUUAACGUUUGUUCCAAAAGCUGUACAUGUUCAGCGACCGGCGAUCCACAUUACAGAUCUUUUGACGGACAAGUAUUACAUUUCAUGGGAACAUGUAAAUAUACUUUGUCUCAAUAUGUUAAUCCAAAAAGUGCAUGCAGAUUUCAUGUUCAAGUCAAGAAUGAAAACAGAGGAAACAAACGCGUCUCAUAUACAAGAUCUGUUCAUGUAGUCGUCAGAAAAACAAAGAUUGACUUGUUGAAGAAUAGAGUUGUCAAGGUGGAUGGAAUUAAAAGAUAUCUACCAUAUAAAACUGGAUAUUUCAGUAUCAUAAAUUCAGGACGUUAUGUAAGACUAAAAACUACAUGCAACGUCAUAAUUACAUGGGACGGGAGAAGCGCAGCAACCAUAUCGGUACCAAGUCAUUUUAGUCAGAACUUAAUUGGCUUGUGUGGGAAUUGUAAUGGUAUUAAAGAUGAUUUUAGGACAAAAGAUGGUUUGGACGUGCGCACAAAACCGGACAAGUUUACGCUUAUUGGUGAAAGUUACUUGAUUCGAGAGGGCAAUGGCGAAAAGUGUGGUGUGUCAAUCCCGCCGGAUCCUUGUACGUCAACACUGAGAAACAAGGCGAUAAGAAACACCGCUUGUGGGCAGUUAAACCCAGUUAACCCUAGCAGUCCAUUUAGAGACUGCUCAAUAGAAGACGUGCAAUUAGUUCAAGACAUUUAUGACAGUUGUGUAUAUGACUAUUGUGCAUACAGUGAUCAACCAGACAUAUUAAAUACAGUUGUUUGCGAAGCUGCUGAAGGCCUUGAAGAAAGAUGUGAAAACAUGGGUUUUGAUAUAUCAUGGAGAACAAAACAAUUUUGUCCUUUUAUAUGUGAAGACAAUAUGGAAUACAGUAGUGCAGUAAGUGGAUGCCCAGCCACAUGCGUUGAUCUAGACGCCUCUAAAACAUGUAAACUACCCCCAUCAGAAGGAUGUCAGUGUAAAAAAGGAUUUGUACUCAGUGACAACACAUGUAUACCAAGAGCUCAGUGUGGUUGUAGGCUUCCUACCGGUGAAUACUAUCCAAUUGAUACAGAAAUUACAUCCAGAGAUUGUAGGACGGUGUCCAAAUGCGUUGCUACAAAAUCGGGUUACGCAAAAAUGCAAGUCAUUAGACGGCAAAAAUGUCAUAGGAAUGCACAAUGUAAAUUACUCAAUGGUGUUUAUGAUUGUGCUUGCGAAGAAGGUUUCAAAGGGGAUGGAAUAAAAAUAUGCAAAGGGAAGCCAGAACCUGGUACAGACAAAGUGAUAUGUGAGGGCCUAAAAGGUAGCAUAACAUGUCCAGGGAAGAAAACAAUACGAAUUCUGGAAGCAACAUAUGGGAGAAUUGACAUGAGCACAUGUAAAGACCCAAGAGUGAAAACAACAUCAUGUUCAUCUAACAAACCAUUACCUAUAAUAAGAAAAAAUUGUGAUGGAAUAAAAUCAUGCAUAGUAUCAGCUAAUAACGGCUUGUACGGCGAUCCUUGUGGAGGAACAUACAAAUACGUUACUGUUCGAUACGUCUGCGAAGAAACAGGGCCCAAAUGUGGAUCAACCGUUUGUCAUCCGGAUGCAAAAUGUCACAGAGGUCGAUGUGUAUGCAGAAAAGGGUUUGUCGGAGACGGUGUAAAUAGCUGCACAGGGACCUGUACCUGUGUUGCUAGUGGAGAUCCACAUUAUAAGAGUUUUGAUGGACAAGUCAUUCACUUUAUGGGAAUAUGUACUUAUACCAUGGUCAAAUCAACAUCCAUUGACAAAUGUGGUGGUUUUGAAGUUCAAGUGCAGAAUGAACACCGUGGAGCAAACACAAAAGUCUCGUAUACACAAUAUGUUUUGGUCAAGUUAGCCGAUGCUACAAUUCGGCUAGAUAAAAAUAACGUCGUUUUUGUAAAUGACGUUCAAGUUUAUACUCCAUACUCUUGUACAAACUUUGAAAUUACGACUUCUGGUAGAUAUGUACGGCUGCAAACAAAAUGUAACAUAUUGAUAACAUGGAAUGGUGUCGGUACUGUGGCAGUAUCCGUUCCAAAGACGUAUUCGGGAGUUGUAACUGGUCUCUGUGGUGAUUGCAACGGGAAGAAAGACGAUUUCAGAACAUCAACUGGUGAGGAUGUUCGUCUGAAGAAAGACAAAUUCGAACUGAUUGGAAAAAGUUAUACAGUACCAGGAAUUUAUGAAACACAGGAUAACAAGUGCGUUGUUGGUCCUGUAAUAGAAGAACCAUGUUCUGCAGAACAGUCCAGUAAAGCUGCUGACGACAAAUACUGUGGUUUCUUGAAUCCAAAAAAUGUCAAAAGUCCAUUCAUGUCUUGUGCGAACAAAGAUAUGGAUAUGGCCAAGGAUUUAUAUGAGUCCUGUUUAUAUGAUUACUGUAGUCUAGCAGGAUCACCGGAGCUCGAACAGUUUAUUUGUGAAUCUUUGGAGGGAUACGAAGAACAAUGCGAAAACAUGGGAUUAUCAAUAACUUGGCGGAGAAAAGAUUUUUGUCAACUCACAUGUCCAGAGAACAUGGACUAUACUACUUCUGGGAGUGGAUGUCCAGCAACUUGUUUGGACCCAGAUGCUCCACUAACAUGCAGAUUACCAAAUACUGAAGGCUGUCAAUGUAAAGAAGGAUUUCUCUUAAGUGGAAAUGAAUGUGUACCCAAAGCAAAAUGUGGAUGCCGUGGACCAGAGGGAGAAUACUAUCCCCUUGGAAAGCAACUUACUUCAUCAGACUGCACUAUUGUAACCAAGUGUUCUAGUGAAAACGGGAAACCAACAAUGACAGUUGUUAAACAACAAAUUUGUCAUCAAAAUGCUAAAUGUCGUCUCAGAAGAGGUCAAUAUAGAUGUAUCUGUAAACAGAAGUUCAAGGGAAAUGGUGUGGAUGUAUGCACUCACAAAUGUAAUCGAAAGUGUAAAAUCAAUGAAAGGUGUGUCAAAGGAAAAUGUAGAUGCGAGAAAGGUUUAGUCAGAACAAAACUAGGAGCAUGCACGAUAAAGAUACCAUGUAAGCCAAAGUGUAAGAAAGGGUUUGUUUGUAGUCUCCUUGGAAAAUGCAGACCAAAAGGUUGUAAACGAAAAUGUAAGAUCAAUGAAAGAUGUUUUAGAGGAAAAUGUAGAUGCAACAAAGGUUUAGUCAGGACAAAACUAGGAGCAUGUAAGACAAAGAUACCAUGCGAGCCAAAAUGUAAGAGUGGAUUUGUUUGUAGUUUCCGAGGAAAAUGCAGACCACAAGGAUGUAAACGAAAGUGUAGGAUCAAUGAAAGGUGUGUUAAAGGACAAUGCAGAUGCAAGAAAGGUUCCUAUAGGAUAAAACUAGGAGCAUGUAAAACAAAGAUACCAUGCAAACCAAAAUGUAAGAGUGGAUUUGUUUGUAGUUUCCGCGGAAAAUGCAGACCAAAGGGAUGUAAACAAAAGUGUAGGAUCAAUGAAAGGUGUGUUAAAGGAAAAUGUAGAUGCAAGAAAGGUUCCUUCAGGACAAAACUAGGAGCAUGUAAGACAAAGGUACCAUGCAAACCAAAAUGUGAGAGUGGAUUUGUUUGUAGUUUCCUCGGAAAAUGCAGACCAAAAGGAUGUAAACGAAAGUGUAGAGUCAAUGAAAGGUGUGUUAAAGGAAAAUGCAGAUGCAAGAAAGGUUCCUUCAGGACAAAACUAGGAGCAUGUAAGACAAAGAUUCCAUGCAAACCAAAAUGUAAGAGUGGAUUUGUUUGUAGUUUCCGCGGAAAAUGCAGACCAAAAGGAUGUAAACGAAAGUGUAGAGUCAAUGAAAGGUGUGUUAAAGGAAAAUGCAGAUGCAAGAAAGGUUCCUUCAGGACAAAACUAGGAGCAUGUAAGACAAAGAUUCCAUGCAAACCAAAAUGUAAGAGUGGAUUUGUUUGUAGUUUCCUCGGAAAAUGCAGACCAAAAGGAUGUAAACAAAAGUGUAGGAUCAAUGAAAGGUGUGUUAAAGGAAAAUGUAGAUGCAAGAAAGGUUCCUUCAGGACAAAACUAGGAGCAUGUAAGACAAAGAUUCCAUGCGAGCCAAAAUGUGAGACGGGAUUUGUUUGUAGUUUCCUCGGAAAAUGCAGACCAAAAGGAUGUAAACGAAAAUGUAGGAUCAAUGAAAGAUGUGUUAAAGGAAAAUGCAGAUGCAAGAAAGGUUCCGUCAGGACAAAACUAGGAGCAUGUAAAACAAAGAUUCCAUGUACGCCAAAAUGUCAGAGUGGAUUUGUUUGUAGUUUCCUCGGAAAAUGCAGACCAAAAGGAUGUAAACGAAAGUGUAGGAUCAAUGAAAGAUGUGUCAAGGGGAAAUGCAGAUGCAAGAAGGGUUCCUUCAGGACAAAACUAGGAACAUGUAAAAAGCGAUGCAAUAUUAAUAGUUGUGGAGUGAACGCAGUCUGUGUCAAAAGGAAAUAUUGUCGAUGUAAAAAGGGAUAUGCUGGUCAUCCAAAAACAUUAUGUGAAGAAGUUAAAGAAUGUAUCAAAAAUGCAAGAGGAAAUGACUACAUUGGAAGAAUGAGUACAACAGAAUCUGGUAGAACAUGUCAGGCAUGGAAUAAACAAACACCACACCGUCACAGCAAAUCGAAUGUUGGAGAUGCUAAAAACUACUGCAGGAAUCUUGACAACGAACCAAGGCCAUGGUGUUAUACAACAGAUAGCAGGAAACGUUGGGAAUUUUGUAGAAUUCCUAUUUGUGGUGCACCGAAACCACCAUGUGGUGACAUGGUAAUAAUGGCAUGCCAUUCAGAUCGUCAACACAGAACGGAAUGUCGUGUUUCAAACGCGGAGAGAAUUAAUUAUAUUGAACUUCAAAGUGGCGAGAACAAUCCGUCUUGCACAUUUGGUGUUACCUAUGGUUUCUACGGAGUGACGAUAUGGUCAAAAGAGAGUUGCCGGGAAAAAAUCAAAGUUUGCUUAACUCCAAAGAAUCGUGUUCCAAUACUUCCUCCUCCAGAAGAAUGUCGCAAUACUGAAAAGGGAGAGGACUAUGUUGGAAAAUGGAGUAAAACUGAAACUGGAAAGAAUUGUCAGAGAUGGGACCAACAAUAUCCACAUCAACAUGCAUUCUUUCUUGAUGGAAAAGAUUCUGAAAAUUACUGUAGAAAUUUUGACGGUUCUGCAAGACCUUGGUGUUAUACAGAGGAUCCUUACACUGAAAGAGAAUAUUGUGCUAUACAUAAAUGUGCACCUGAAGAUCCAGAGGAUGUAGAUGAAUGUCGAAAAUCUACAAAGGGUACAGAAUACAAAGGUCGAAUUAGUUUGACACAAACUGGGCGUACCUGUCAGUAUUGGGAACGGCAAUAUCCACAAAAACACGUGUUUAGCAACUUGAAAACGGAACAUAAUUAUUGUAGAAAUCCUGACAACAGCGGACAACCAUGGUGUUAUACAAAUGAUCCAACUACACGUUGGGAAUAUUGUCAGAUACCUAUGUGUGCUGCUUGUUCUAUUAGGGAAGAAAUAGUAGAAUGCAAAGCGACUGUUAGAGUCUCUGGUUCAUGUUUCUAUAAAUCAAAAGUAGGAUCAAGCUGUGUCUACACCGUGCAGCUGUCAGAUUCACAAGCAAUCAUCAAAACAUCAACACAGGAAAUGGUACUUACAAAUGGAGGAAAUCUGGCUGAAUGUGCUAUUUUUACCUUCAAUGAUGGAACUCUAAAAAUAGAGGAUGACGUCUGCAAAUGCUUUGAGGUGUUGGACAAUAAAAUUGCAUGAAAUUAUUCCAUAUCAUCAGGAGGACUGAAAAGAAUUAGAGGCAUUGUGCUUAGUAUAGACAUAGUGCACUCCCAAUAAUUGUGUGCUUAGCUUUAACUAUAUUAUCAUCUAAUAAAAUAAAAUUGCAGAUA